AUGGAUCCUUACAAGUAUCGGCCAUCGAGCGCGUACAACACUUCAUUCUACACCACAAACGGUGGUGCUCCAGUCUCAAACAACAUCUCUUCCCUCACCAUCGGAGAAAGAGGUCCGGUUCUUCUUGAGGACUACCAUCUAAUCGAAAAGGUCGCUAAUUUCACCAGAGAGAGGAUUCCAGAGAGAGUGGUUCACGCCAGAGGAAUCAGCGCUAAGGGUUUCUUUGAGGUCACACAUGACAUUUCAAACCUCACUUGUGCUGACUUCCUCAGAGCUCCUGGUGUUCAAACUCCAGUCAUUGUCCGUUUCUCCACCGUCGUUCACGAGCGUGCCAGCCCUGAAACCAUGAGGGAUAUUCGUGGGUUUGCCGUCAAGUUUUACACCAGAGAGGGAAACUUUGAUCUUGUUGGUAACAACACUCCGGUGUUCUUCAUCCGUGACGGGAUUCAGUUCCCGGAUGUUGUCCACGCCCUGAAACCGAACCCGAAGACAAACAUCCAAGAGUACUGGAGGAUCCUGGACUACAUGUCCCACUUACCAGAGAGUUUACUCACAUGGUGCUGGAUGUUUGAUGAUGUUGGUAUCCCACAAGACUACAGACACAUGGAAGGUUUCGGUGUCCACACCUACACUCUAGUUUCCAAAUCCGGAAAAGUUCUCUUCGUCAAGUUCCAUUGGAAACCCACUUGUGGGAUCAAGAAUCUGACUGAUGAAGAGGCUAAAGUAGUUGGAGGAGCCAAUCACAGCCACGCAACUAAAGAUCUCCAUGAUGCUAUUGCAUCUGGUAACUAUCCUGAGUGGAAGCUAUUCAUUCAGACUAUGGAUCCUGCUGAUGAGGAUAAGUUUGAUUUUGACCCGCUUGAUGUGACCAAGAUCUGGCCUGAAGAUAUCUUGCCUUUGCAACCAGUUGGUCGCUUGGUUCUGAACAGAACCAUUGAUAACUUCUUUAAUGAAACUGAGCAGCUUGCUUUCAACCCUGGUCUUGUGGUUCCUGGAAUUUACUACUCAGAUGAUAAGCUGCUCCAGUGUAGGAUCUUUGCUUAUGGUGACACUCAGAGACAUCGUCUUGGACCUAAUUAUAUGCAGUUACCGGUUAAUGCUCCAAAAUGUGCUCACCACAACAAUCACCAUGAAGGUUUUAUGAACUUCAUGCAUAGAGAUGAGGAAAUCAAUUAUUAUCCCUCAAAGUUUGAUCCUGUCCGCUGCGCAGAAAAAGUUCCUAUCCCUAACAAAUCUUACACUGGAAUCAGAACAAAGUGUAUCAUUAAGAAGGAGAACAACUUCAAGCAACCUGGAGAUAGAUACAGAUCAUGGGCACCAGACAGGCAAGACCGGUUUGUUAAGAGAUGGGUUGAGAUUUUGUCAGAGCCACGUCUCACUCAUGAGAUCCGUAGCAUCUGGAUCUCUUACUGGUCUCAGGCUGAUCGAUCUUUGGGACAGAAGCUUGCAAGCCGUCUCAACGUACGUCCUUCAAGCGCUCAUGAUUCGCCCUUCUUCACUACAAACUCUGGUGCUCCCGUCUGGAACAACAACGCCUCUUUGACUGUUGGACCCAGAGGUCCAGUCCUUCUGGAAGACUAUCAUCUGAUCGAGAAACUAGCCAACUUUGACAGGGAAAGGAUUCCUGAGAGGGUUGUUCAUGCCAGAGGUGCCAGUGCCAAAGGUUUCUUUGAAGUCACUCAUGACAUUUCAAACCUUUCUUGUGCUGAUUUUCUUCGAGGUCCUGGUGUUCAGACUCCUGUCAUUGCUCGUUUCUCUACUGUCAUCCAUGAGCGUGGCAGCCCCGAGACUCUCAGAGACCCUCGUGGUUUCGCCGUCAAGUUUUACACCAGAGAAGGGAACUUGGAUCUUGUUGGAAACAACUUCCCUGUCUUCUUUGUCCGAGAUGGAAUGAAGUUCCCUGACAUGGUCCAUGCGCUGAAACCAAAUCCCAAGACUCACAUUCAGGAGAACUGGAGGAUACUUGACUUCUUCUCGCACCACCCUGAGAGUCUUCACAUGUUUUCAUUCCUCUUUGACGAUGUUGGUAUCCCACAGGACUACAGGCACAUGGAUGGCUUUGGUGUCAACACUUAUGUCCUAAUCAACAAAGCUGGAAAAGCUCACUACGUGAAGUUUCACUGGAAACCCACUUGUCCGGUUAAAUGCUUGUCUGAUGAGGAAGCUAUUAGAGUUGGAGGAACCAAUCACAGCCAUGCAACUAAGGAUCUCUAUGACUCCAUCGCAGCUGGGAGCUUUCCAGAGUGGCAUAUGUUCAUUCAAGUGAUAGAUCCUGACCAUGAAGACAGAUUUGAUUUUGAUCCGCUUGAUGUCACAAAGAUCUGGCCUGAAGAUAUCUUGCCCUUGCAACCUGUUGGCCGCUUGGUUUUGAACAAGAACAUUGACAACUUCUUUAAUGAGAAUGAGCAGCUUGCUUUCUGCCCUGCUAUUGUUGUCCCUGGCUUCCAUUAUUCAGAUGAUAAGCUACUCCAGAGCAGGAUCUUCUCUUAUUCUGAUAGUCAGAGACACCGUCUAGGACCAAAUUAUUUGCAACUACCUGUUAAUGCUCCUAAAUGUGCUCACCACAACAAUCACCAUGAGGGUUUCAUGAACUUCAUGCACAGAGAUGAGGAGGUUAAUUACUUUCCUUCAAGGUUGAACCCGGUCCGCCAUGCUGAAAAAUACCCUCAAAAUCCUAUUAAAUGCUCUGGAAACCGUGAGAAGUGCAUGAUUGAGAAGGAGAACAACUUCAAGCAGCCAGGGGAAAGAUACAGGUCCUGGGAUGCAGACAGGCAAGAGCGGUUCGUGAAGCGUUUUGUUGAUGCACUUGCUGAGCCUCGUGUGACCCAUGAAAUCCGCAGCAUUUGGAUCUCUAAUUGGACUAAGGCAGACGAAUCUCUUGGACAGAAACUAGCCCUUCGUCUUAAAGUGAGCCCAAACUUCUGA